UGUUCCUAUAGGCUGCCGGCUUUGCGAGUGCUGUGCUAUUGGAAGCUGCGCCCUUUCCUGCACACUCGGGAUCCCGGGGAAGGCGUCUGUGUGCGAGAGUUAAAUCAGGGUGUCGUUGUUGCUUGUAAAGCUGAUUAAACAUGGAGCCGGCCGCUGCAGUGAAGGCAGGAUCUGAUAUGGAUGAAGGUUAUUCUGUGGAUGUUGUACUGUCGGACAGUGAGGAUGAAUGUCCCUUACCUAAAAAGAGAAAUGUGGGGUUACGGGUCGCUCUCCCAUUCACUAACAGAAAGUGUGCCAGCAAGACUAAGACAAAGAACCCGGACUCCUCACUUGUAAAACCAGGCAGAAGGGAUAGUAAGAAACCACCCGCUAGGGUAAAGAAUGAACAGCAAUCCAGCAAGAAAAUAACAGUUCCUGGAUCUGAUUCAGAAGAGGAGAACCCUGCUUCUAACCAGGAAAAUUCAAGUGCUUUGCUGAAAAGGGCAAUGAACAUUAAGGAAAACAAAGCAAUGCUUGCUCAACUUUUGUCAGAACUGAAUUCCAUGCCUGAACUGUUCCCAGUAAAGACGCCUCCCACAACACCCUCAAAGCAGAAAAAGACUCCUCGGAGGACAUUUUCUGAAGGUCAUAUUGAACGGCGUACUAAUCCAAGCAGAAGCGCUCGGCCACCAGAGAACUUUGGUUUGGAGAAUUUCACUAUGUCUGCUAUUAAGUUUGCUGAGCACGUUCAUAAAUAUGGCAAGAAAGCUUUCCUAAAGCGGGCUCUGAGUGAGGAUGAGAGAGAACAGUAUCAGAAGAGGAGACGAUCUUCCAAGAAUGCUGGUGCGCGUGAUGUAGACGAUAUCACAGAGGAGGAGCUGCAAAAUGUCGCGGAUUCCGUUAAAGAUAAAAUUUAUGAUAAAAUUUUGGGUAGUACUUGUCAUCAGUGUCGGCAGAAAACAAUUGACACUAAGACAAUUUGCCGUAAUCCUGGAUGUGGCGGUGUCAGGGGGCAAUUUUGUGGACCCUGCUUGCGAAACCGCUAUGGGGAAGAUGUCAGAGAAGCACUUCUAGACCCUGAAUGGAUAUGUCCACCUUGCAGAGACAUCUGUAAUUGCAGUUAUUGUCGCAAACGUGAUGGCCGUUGUGCAACUGGCAUGCUCAUUCAUUUGGCAAAGUUCUCUGGUUAUGAUAAUGUGAAAGAAUAUCUGGAGAGUUUAAAGAAACAAAUGGAGGAUGAAGACUGACCAGCUGCAAACAGCUCCUAGAACUAAUCCCAACGGCCGUUUCUACUUAUGGCUAAUAAACAGUGUAUGUGCGUAUAUGCACAGUGCAGAAGUAUUUUAGCAACACUUUAAAGGAGAAGGAAAGGCAGCGUACACUUGGGGGGGGCAAAUGUUAGGCACCCCCAAGUGAUUGUAUUUACUUACUUGAAACCCAGGGCUGGUGCUCCUUUCAGGAGAAAACUA